AAAAACAGCUGGGUUUUUAGGUUUGCUUCGAGAGAGAAACGUGCAGCAAACCAAGGAGACACUGUACGGAUUUGGGUGUACGGAUUAUAGCUGUCCGAGUGGUUUCAAAGCAACGAGAAAUAAGAAAACGAAAGAGGAUUAGCGACAGAGGCGGACAGAGAGGCAGCUAGAUGGAAAUGCAUUAAACACAAUAAUAUGUACGAAUACUCCGACAAGAGCGUGAAUAAUACCGGAUUUUUCGGUCUAAAACUUAAAGGACAGUAGCUAUUUCUAUAUCACUUCACGGACUUGCAGUUGUUGCUUUUUGUUUUUUGGACUCGGGUCACCGAAGAAAAGGUUUGCCGGAAGCCCCCAGUCUGUGGCACCCUGGAUGUUAGCGGUUAGCGCCAACGUGCUAGCAGAAGGCCGGUAAUGGGCUGCCACUGAAAGCCCCUGCCCUCCACGCUGCAUUUGAUAACGGAAUGGAAGCAGGCAGCAGGUGGUAGCAGGGCGUAGGGGCACCUGGAGGCGUCGCCGUGCCAUGCCGCUGUGAGCGCCACCCUGCCCUCCACUCCGGGGGGGACACGGGGCAGGGCAAGAGAGCGGGCGGGAUGGCCAAGCCCUUCUACCGGCUGCAGCGCUUCCUGCGCCGGACGCAGAUGCUCCUCCUCUUCCUGGGCGUGGCCUAUAUCAUGGCUGGGAGCGUGCUCCUGCUGCAGCGCGCCAGCCUGGCGGCGACCCAGCGGGGGGGCGGGCCCCCUCUGCCCUCGCUGCCCCCGCCGCCUGCCGCUAUGGAGCCACCCGUCCUCGGGGGCGGGGCGACACGCCGGCACACACCAGGCGAGCAGACCGUCCCCCGCUGGCUAGCGUCCCGGAACCUGGAGAUCCGGCAGCUCAGACGGCGCUGGUUCCACAGCCUUAUGACGGAGCAGGAGAACCCCGGGGCAGACCGCGGCCGGCCCCACCGGAAGAUCCGGCACAAAGGAACCUACAUCGGCUGCUUCUUGGAUGACGCCAAGGACCGGGCCAUGAAGGGCAGCGUGUUCUACGAUUUUCGGAAAAUGACCAGCACCCUGUGUCAGGACACCUGCUCGGAAAGCGGGUACCAGUUUGCCGGGCUGGAGUACGGGUCAGAGUGUUACUGCAGCAACCGCAUCACCAGCGCACGCACUCGGGAGGAAGACUGCAACCUGGACUGCAAGGGGGAGAAGGGCGCCCCCUGUGGUGGCGUGGGACGGCUCUCAGUCUACAAGGUGGAAGAGCUGCUCCCAGGCCAGAAGAGAUACAGGAAUGUUCGCUAUCGCGGCUGUUUCAAGAGGCCAGCCAACACUUCUACCGCCUUCCUGGUGCAGUCCAUCCAGCCCAACCUGACAUCUCAGUCUUGCAUUGGUGUCUGCACGGAUAAGGAGCUCCCACUGGCUGUUCUACGGAGACCCGUCUGUUACUGCGGUUACGCAUCCUCCGAGUUCUCUCUCCAUGAGCCAGCAGAGGAGCGGAGGUGUGCGAAGGCCAACAGCAGCGACACCGCACCCUCCGCUGACCAGGACUUUUACCAGGUGUACCAGACACCUGUCCAAGACUCCAGGUGUACAGAGAGGAAGUUCUUGCCGGAGAAGUCGAGCACACUGGUGGCGCUGUCCAGCUUCCCUGGGGCUGGAAAUACCUGGGUGCGGCACCUGAUUGAGCUGGCAACCGGAUACUACACGGGCAGCUACUACUUUGACGGCUCCCUCUACAACAAAGGCUUCAAGGGCGAGAAGGAUUACUGGAAGAGCGGGCGGACCAUCUGCGUGAAGACCCACGAGAGCGGGAGGCGUGAGAUCGAGAUGUACGACGCGGCUAUCCUGCUGAUCCGAAACCCCUACCGCUCCCUGAUGGCCGAGUUCAACCGCAAGUGUGCCGGACACCUGGGAUAUGCAUCGGAACAGCACUGGAGGAGCAAAGAGUGGCCGGAGUUUGUGGGCAGUUAUGCCUCCUGGUGGGCGUCGCACGUGCUGGACUGGCUGCGCUUCGGGCGGCGGGUGCUGGUGGUGCACUACGAGGAGCUGCAGGGGGCGCUCUUCCCCCAGCUGCGUGCCAUCACCUCUUUCCUAAAUGCCAGCGCCUCAGAGGAGCGCCUGCUGUGCGCUGAGAGCAACCAGGACGGCCACUUCAAGCGCUCGGGGGCGCGGCAGCGCACCUUCGACCCCUUCACCCCCGAAAUGAAGGUGCUGAUCGACGGGUACAUCCGCACCGUGGACCGUGCCCUCAGGGAGCACGACCACACCGGCCUGCCUCAGCAGUACCUGCCCAGAUGAUGAGGGGCCGUGCCUGGCCACGCCUGGCUCCCUCACAGGACUCCCUGGGCUUACGCCUCGGCCCCGCCCCAGAUUCGGGUUGCCACAGAGCAGGGGAGAGCCCCCCGUCUGUAGGAACAGCUCAGACACAGAGGAGCUGCUCACCGCUCUGACCAGAGGACGGAGGGCUUCUGCUUUUUAAUACAUGAUCGUUAGUCUCCUUUUCUCACCAGCCAUCGCCCUCUGUGUUCCUCCUCCAGAAUGCCUCCACCUCACUCGUGCAGCACAGCUCAUGUCGCGUCGCCGGAAACAGCGUGUGGAAUAUUUAACAGAAAUUAGAGUCUAUAAUCCCGGCAACGGCAUUGCCUGAUUAGAACACUUCCGAUCAGCGGCCAGGCGGAAAUUCCAUUUUCGCACGUCCUUUUGUGUACUGUGCGCACGAGUGAAAACCGUCACCCAAACACUUACUGCUCUGAACCUCACACAUUCCCAGCCAACAGAUGUCAUUUUGUUCACUUUUUUUGAAGACAAUAAUAUCCACUCUGUAUGCCCUUGUCAUAACAGUCCCCAUCCAGCUGAGUCUACUGUAACGUGCAUCACUGCACAGCAGCAUGUCACAUGUUACUGUAACGUCACUGCUGCAGAGAGAGCACACACGUGUCGGAAAUGUCACUUCUAUUAGGGAGACUGCAUGUGUGUUUGGAACGGUACAGCCACCACAGGUUAGUUGCCGUGGGUAUUACUCAGUCCUGUAGGCAACUUUAUAUGAUGUAAUGAAUCAGAAUUUGACAGCCAAGGUGACGCUGCUUCAGGAGCCUGUUGUAGUGACGCUGCACCCACAGGUAAAGACCCCGCUCUGUAGUACAGGUGCUCUGGAAAAUAAACCUGCCUGACGGGUGAUCUUUAUGAGAGCGGUGCAUUGUCAGGAACGUCGGAUGUCUGUGGGAAUAGAUGG